UAUCAUCGCCUUCCCUCAGUACUCUCUCUCUCUCUCCCAGCCACCGGAUUGUUCUGUGCGCUUCACUCGUUGUGGAAUCAGGAGGCAGGAAAAGAAAGGACGCAAAUCUCUAGCUACGCUCCCCUUCCCUUCCCUCCCCCCCUCUCUCUCCCCUCUUUCCCUAUACACUCCCUGAACCUGUCCUUGGCCUUCGCUCGCAUUCUCUGCAUCUGAACCCCAUACUGUGGAUUACCCACGAGGGACUGUGAUCCAGAUCUCUAACCACAUCCGCAACUCUUCCAGGUCGUGCUAUCCUCGUGCGACACAGGGGACCAGCAUUCCUUACGUCUUCCUCAUAUCGGUCCCAUUGGUCGUGUCGCCCUUCAUUCCAAUUUAAACCAUUGUCGCAUACCUCCCUUCAGCGUUCCUGAGUUUCAAGCACGUCGACGGAGUGGGUAUCAGUGGACUCGAGUGGACUCCAUCUCGCCGGAUCAAUUCAUCCCAGGAAUUGCACGUGGCUUGACUACUAGCACCGCAUCGGUGGGACGAAUACGAUAUCGACGCCCCAACACUCCUUCUCGGGGCCCCGAGAAGUGAGCCAAGUGUGACUACGUGACGGAAGCAAGCAGAGCUCAGAUCGCCCAUCAUGGCGUUCAAAUUUGGUGCCGGGUUUACCCGGCUCAUUCCAAUGAUUGGUUAUCAUCACGUUCUUAUGAUUAUCAUUGCAGUGUCUAUCAUCCUUCUCUCUUUACUAUUGGCCGGGUGCUCCUCAUCCUCCCCGCAGAUUCCUAGCAUUUUCCUCAUCUCCAUGUACUAUGAGAAGUAUCAGCCUCUCUUCAACCCGGCCCAAGUGGAUCCUGGGGUAGUAACCGCCACUUCGAACAUCGUGGGGGGUGCGGAAAUGGAGGUUCGCGUGGGCUACUUUGGCAUCUGUGUCCAGCCCGAUGGCGGAUCCUACAUUUGCAACUCGAACGCAACGGCGUUAGCAGAGAUUGUUACAGUGGACCAGGAUCCACUGAAUCUGAUCUGGGUGGCAGCAACAUUCAAAGAUGCGGUGGUCUUCCCGUACCUCCUAAUCGUUGCUGUUAUCCUCGCAUUCUUCUGCUUCAUCCUUCUGGCCACAUUCCCCGGUUGGCACGAAGUAGAUUCGGAAGGAUCCGAAAAGGAAGUCAAGCCCUUUCCUUCGCGUCCCGUAUCCCAGGUCGCAUUGGCGCUGAUCUUCGUGGCCUCCGUGUUUGUGCUGGUCUCGGUCCUGUGGCAGCACACGGCGUCGGUGGCAGCCAGCACGAUCGCGCAAGACAUGGGCAACGGCAGCGUCAAGAGUGGCGUCGGCUCAUCAGCAAUGGUUCUCGGUUGGUUCGGGUUCGCUCUCAUGGUAAUAGUGACCAUAGGGUUACUAGUGAUGAUCCUCAGUUUGAGCAUGCUCAGACAGUUGACAGAUGAGGAGUGAUCAGCGGUUUUUUGUCCUCUUUGCAUUUUUUUUUUUUUUUUCAUGUCACGACAUUUCUUUGUUU